UUUGGUACCGUGACACACAAAAAGUCGUUAAUAAAAAAGCUUUAAUCUGUGACACAAUCACUAUUGACCCUGUCAAAGUGUACCUUAUUGUUAUUUGCAUGUUUUUUGAAAGCUCUUUGUAUUAAUUUUUUGUAAGAGAUACAUACUAUUUAUGUCCACCUUAAAUAAAUAUAUUUAGCCAUCUAUGUAGGUAAUGUCAUAUACUGAGCUUGAACAUGGAUAUCAAGGGUUGCGUCAAGCUGCUCAUCAGCCACAAUUUUAUGUCGGCGAUGACGGUAAUCUCGUCCCAAUAAGACCUCCUGGCGAGUUGGAUCUGUGCGAGCCUUUAGACCCGCACAGUGAUGGCGGGGGCAAAAAAGUUGUGGUCGGCGUAUGCGCCAUGGCCAAGAAGUCGCAGUCGAAACCGAUGAAAGAGAUCCUCACCCGACUGGACGAAUUCGAGUUCAUUAAGAUGCUCGUCUUCCCAGAGGAGGUUAUCCUAAAGAAGCCGGUUGAGGAGUGGCCGAUAUGCGAUUGUCUGAUAUCGUUUCAUUCCAAAGGCUUCCCUCUCGAUAAAGCUAUUCAAUACGAAAAAUUAAGGAAGCCGUACGUGAUAAAUAAUCUUCACAUGCAAUAUGAUAUUCAGGAUCGGAGAAGAGUGUACGCAAUUUUAGAAAAUGAGGGCAUAGAAAUACCGCGCUAUGCUGUUUUGGACAGAGAUUCACCGGAUCCAAAACAUCAUGAAUUAGUCGAAUCGGAAGACCACGUAGAAGUAAACGGGGUUGUAUUUAAUAAGCCAUUUGUUGAAAAACCGGUAUCGGCGGAAGAUCAUAAUAUUUACAUAUAUUACCCCACUUCCGCUGGAGGGGGGAGCCAGAGGCUUUUCAGAAAAAUAGGAAGUAGGAGCAGUAUUUAUUCUCCAGAAUCUAGAGUUAGAAAGACAGGAUCAUUUAUUUACGAAGAUUUUAUGCCUACUGAUGGGACAGAUGUAAAAGUAUACACAGUGGGUCCAGAUUAUGCCCACGCGGAAGCCAGGAAGAGUCCAGCGCUGGACGGCAAAGUGGAGCGUGACUCGGAAGGCAAAGAGAUACGGUAUCCCGUUAUAUUAUCCAAUCAGGAGAAACUUAUAUCUAGGAAAGUUUGCUUGGCAUUUAAACAGACGGUGUGCGGUUUCGAUUUAUUAAGGGCGAAUGGCAAAUCAUUCGUAUGCGACGUAAAUGGUUUUUCAUUUGUUAAGAAUUCAAAUAAAUACUACGAUGAUUGCGCCAAAAUUCUUGGCAAUAUGAUUCUGCGUGAGCUGGCACCCACGUUGCAUAUCCCCUGGUCUGUGCCCUUUCAACUGGACGACCCUCCCAUCGUGCCCACCACUUUUGGUAAAAUGAUGGAAUUGAGGUGCGUGGUGGCGGUCAUUAGGCAUGGGGACAGGACGCCCAAGCAGAAGAUGAAGGUCGAAGUACGCCAUCCCAGGUUUUUCGAAAUAUUCGAGAAGUACGAAGGCUUCAAACGCGGGCACGUGAAGCUGAAGAAGCCGAAGCAGCUGCAGGAGAUCCUCGACAUCGCGCGCGCGCUGCUGGCCGACAUACACACGCGCCACGCCGACCCCGAGAUCGAGGAGAAGCAGGGCAAGCUGGAGCAGCUGAAAAGCGUACUCGAGAUGUACGGCCACUUCUCGGGCAUCAACCGCAAGGUGCAGAUGAAGUACCAGCCGCGGGGCCGCCCGCGCGGCUCCAGCUCCGACGACGGUAACGCCACGCACGGAUGCGACGGGGAGCCGUCCCUGGUGCUGAUCCUGAAGUGGGGCGGGGAGCUGACGCCGGCCGGCCGCAUCCAGGCCGAGGAGCUGGGCCGCAUGUUCCGCUGCAUGUACCCCGGCGGGCAGGGCCGCCACAUUCCGGGCGAAGGCAGUACCCAGGGGCUCGGACUGCUGCGCCUGCACUCCACGUUCCGCCACGACCUGAAGAUCUACGCGUCGGACGAGGGUCGCGUGCAGAUGACGGCCGCCGCCUUCGCCAAGGGGCUGCUGGCGCUCGAGGGGGAGCUGACGCCCAUCCUCGUGCAGAUGGUCAAGUCCGCCAACACCAACGGCUUGCUGGAUAACGACUGCGAUUCCUCCAAAGUACAAAAUAUGGCGAAGGCGCGGCUGCACGAGGCGAUGCAGGUGGAGCGCGAGUUCAGCGCGGAGGAGCGCGCGCGCAUCAACCCGUGCGCGUCGCUCAGCAUCGCGGCCGCCAUGGACUUCGUGAAGCACCCCGCGCGCACGUGCGCGCACGUGCACGCGCUCAUCCGCCAGCUCGUGCGCAUCGUGCUCGCCAAGAAGGACGACCCCAAGACCAAAGAUACGAUAUUAUACCACGGCGAGACUUGGGAGCUGAUGGGUAGAAGAUGGGGCAAGAUCGAAAAGGACUUCUGUACGAAGAAUAAGACGUACGAUAUCUCUAAGAUCCCGGAUAUUUACGAUUGCAUCAAGUACGACUUGCAACACAACCAGCACACGCUUCAGUUCGACCAGGCGGAGGAGCUGUACAUAUACGCGAAGUACUUGGCGGAUAUUGUUAUACCUCAGGAAUAUGGAUUAACGAUGCAAGAGAAGCUUACAAUCGGGCAGGGCAUCUGCACACCCUUGCUCAAGAAGAUACGAGCCGACUUGCAGAGAAAUAUCGAGGAGUCGGGAGAGGAGAAUGUCAACAGACUCAAUCCGAGGUACAGCCACGGCGUGUCGAGCCCGGGCCGCCACGUGCGCACGCGCCUGUACUUCACGAGCGAGAGCCACGUGCACUCGCUGCUCACCGUGCUGCGCUACGGCGGCCUGCUCGACGUGGUGAAGGAUGAACAAUGGAGACGCGCCAUGGAGUACGUAUCGAUGGUGUCGGAACUCAACUACAUGUCGCAAAUAGUGGUCAUGCUGUACGAGGAUCCCACCAAGGAUCCGUACUCCGAGGAGAGGUUCCACGUGGAGCUACACUUCAGUCCGGGCGUGAACUGCUGUGUGCAGAAAAACUUGCCGCCCGGGCCCGGCUUCCGGCCGCACAGCCGGAACCACUCCACCACCAACAAUUCGAGUCCGUCUGAUGAAGUGAAGUGUAUAGAAGAAGAGGGUGAGGAUGACCAGAUGGCCAGCCAGGAAACAUUACAACCCGACAAUCUGGACGAGCUGGACAAUACAUUCUCACCCAAGAAAACGUCGAAAUCAAAGCUGAGACCGUCGGAUCCAAUACCUAUUUGCAACCUGCACUACACGGUGAGCGGGCACGAGGCGUCGUCGCUGGCGGCGCGCCUCAGCGAGGAGCUGCGCGCGCGCUCGCACGCGCCCGCCGACCCGCCCAGGGAGGAAAAAGAAACGAAGGACGCCGAGGAGCCGCAGCCGCGUGCGCGCAGCUACGACCAGCACAAGCAGACGCCCGACAAUGAUCCACCCGCACUAACUCUCUCCCCACCUCCGCCGACCCCGACCCCCCCGACGCCGCUCGUGAACGUCGAGGGCGUCGAAUCGUCCACUAACGAGCUGCCGCUGUCCGCGAUCACGUUCGGGGGCCGCUCGUGGCCGCAGCUGGCCGCGCCCGAGGGCCCGGCCGGGGGCCCGCCGGGGGCCGAGGGCGCGGCCUGUAGCGUGUGGGGCGCAGGGCGGCGCCAGCGGCACAGCAUCGCCGGCCAGAUGAGCUACCUCAAGAUGCUGGGGCUGGGCGCGCGCGGGAAGCUGUCCGGCGCCGCCGGCCUCUUCAGCACCGCCGUCAUCUCCGGCUCCAGCUCCGCACCCAACCUGCGCGUCAUGAUACCCACCGCCACCUCGAGCAACACGGCGCUGGAGGGCUUCGGCGGCGUGCCGAGCAUCCGGCCGCUGGAGACGCUGCACAACGCGCUGUCGCUGCGCCAGCUGGACGCGUUCCUGGAGCGCGUGACGGCGGCGCCCGUGCUGCUGGGCACGCCGCCCGCGCCCAAGCAGCCCUCGCCCACCAACAGCGUGGGUUGGAGUGGCCCGUCCUCGUUGAUGUCGUCGUCCUGCGAGCUGCCGAGCGGGCUGUCGUCGGCGGGCCCGUCCUCGCCCAACUCCAAUUACGCGUCCAAUUCAGACAAUAAGAACAACUCCUCGGAGAGUAGCAAUUGGAGUAGAAAUGUGGCGAGCAAACUCCCCGAGUGGGGGGGGGAGGCGGCCACGCUGUGCGCGCUCACCGCGGGGCUGCUCGCGGGCGCCGCAGGUUCGUCUAUUAGCGGCGACGUGACGCCGGUGUCGGCCGCCUCGGAGCUGGAGUUCAAGAGCAACGAGGCAACCGCCGGCUCCAUCACAGAUCACGAUAUACUGAGCGCUGAGGGUGAAGACGAUGAAGAGACAUUGUCCGUAGAUGCCUACGGUUCUUCGGUGAAAGUCAUUAAGAACGAUCUCACCUCUCAAGCCUUCGAAAAUGCGACAAAAAUCGAUAGCAGCGAAGAUUCCACUAGCACCGUACCCAUCGACCUGUACGGCCUCAGUUUUCAAGAGACAAAGGAGACAUUCUACAAAGAAAUGCCUUCCAGUAGUAAAAAUUAUAAUAUAGAAAGUGAUAUUAAAAAUAAAUGUACUAAAGAUCGUUUACAGUAUAUUAGUAAUUUAGACUCGUUGAAUUUACAAAGUAAAGACGGCAAAAAUGCAUCAAAAACAAACGAUGAACUUAACAAUGCGAGUAGAAGAUAUAGUGAUAGUAGUGCCCAGAAAAAUAAUCUCAACGUGCAGACUGCAGUUUUGGGCAGUAGAUUCACGACGACAUUAGUAUUGGAAGAUUCGCUUGUAGCAACCUCAUCUAGUGAAAGUAAGUCGAACAAUAACUUGGUAGACCACGCGCAAGAUGGACCCCCAGCAGUUGCGCCGCUACUCACUAAAGCUAAAACUAUAAACGUUAAGCCUGGUUUCACUAUCACUGAAAAUCAAAAUAGUUAAGUGUCAACGUAGCAUCAUUAACUAAAAAUAGUUGAGAAAAAAAUCAUGAAGAAUGUCAUUUUUAAUAUAUUUACACAAAACAUUAUUGUAUCACUUAUUUAUGACGCUUUUAUCAAUGUCUUUGAAUUUCACUUUUUCAUAUAAUGCAUGAAAGAGAUACAAAUGAUAAUACAAUAAAUAGUUAAAUGUGAUAUACAUGUUUCAGAUUGUGAAUAUGAUCGUGAAUCAUCAGACACUGUGUGAUAUUGUGCAUUAAGUUUCCUGCUUGUCCAUUAACUUAUUGUGAAACUGUAGACUCGAUAAGAAUUUUGACACAAUAUAUUUGACAUAUUAAAAACA